AUGUACGAAGAGGAACAUAGAGGAAGCUAUGUGGUGCGGAAAGGGUUUCCCGAGAAGCGAAUUGUACUCACAGAAGAUGACAUCCCAUUAAUGGAGACGAGAGGAACAUCUAUAGCGAGCUUGUACACCUGCUCGUUCCCGAUUGUUGUCCCGACUUUGAGACGAGAGCCUAGAAGCUUUGUGUGGGCGACUUUGGAGAUGAGCUGGCGCAAGGGGGUCGCGGGAUCUGAAUCCGGGACCCGGGGUCCAUCCAUUAAGUUCAACCACUCUCAGUCAAAGCACCACCCGUCGUUAACGGUCAAUGCGGAUGGCAUUGUCCAUUGUCCAGACUGUCAAACCGAUAUCUCAGUCGGAAAGGGAGGUAUUCGAAACUACGACACACAGCACUUCAACAGUAAGAAGUGUAAGACGAAUCUGAAAGCUAAAAAGAAAACCAAGCCGUCAGCAAUAAAGGCCAUCACCUCUUUUUUCAAGACGACGCCUGCCGCGCAAAUCGUUCCCUCUACUGUCAAGGCCCCAUCUGUCAUCACUAUGAAUGGACAUCCUCCACCGGCGUCAUCUUCGUCACCGUCGAUGGCCGUCCCACUUCCCCAAUUAUCGACUUCCUUUGCACCAUCCGCGAGCGCCCAAAACGACGUGACAACAGCCCUAGCUUCAUCCUCUACCGUGGUGGUCACAGACAUACCCUUGCACACGUCUAUCACUCGUCCAUCAACCACCGCCGGAUCAUCUUCUUCCCCCAUCAAUACCACAAUCCCAUCUGCAUCUCCUCUGCCCAAAAGCCUGUGCCCUCAUGCUCUCCACUUGCUACACAAUCUCAAGCGCGCAGUUGCGCGUCUCCCGCAGUCCGUACCUGAGGCCAGUCAUGACGAUGAACUAGCACGGUUUGCGGUUACGCCACCGGUGGUGGCCAAGGUUGAUGCGUGGGAGGUGCUGGACCCGAUGCUCAAUAGCAUUGCUGGGCGAGACGUGCCAAUACAGAAGGUGGUAGGUCUGAUUCGACGAGGAGCGAAGGGGAUGGAUGGACUGGUGGAGUACGUCGAGCAUUUUGUUGUCGAAUAUGAGAUUCCUGGAGCGCUGUUGGAAGGGAAAUUCAUGGUACUAAUGAGAGCGGUGGAGUUUCUUGGCAGUUGGGCGGUGGGAGCAUUCGAUGAGGGGAAAGGAAGUCAGGCCGCUACAUCAAUACUGUCUUCUCCUGUUCAGUGCCCAGCGCGACCAUCGAUGUACUUAGAUGCUGCAUCCGAACCGGACAAAUAUUCAGCUAUUCCACCUCUCGACUCGAUCGGUGAAGACGACUCCGACGUUGAAAUCACGUACGUCGGAACUAAAAAGCGGCCUCGAACCCGCACAUGCCCCGGCUAUAUCCUCCACUUUCCCCCCGGCCAGACACCUCAUUCAAGCUAUCCGAUCGGCAUCCACGACACUGUGCACCCGCCAUGGGACUUCACCUGUCGGGAUGGCACCAUGAGCCUGCAUUCGUCAUCUUGUACAAACAAUGUCCGAGGAGAAGAUGCUUGUGCUGCGUGCAAAUCUCUGGCGUCAAAUACUACACUCAUUGGGAUCGAGCAUCGCAUUAAAUAUGGAGUACACGAGAACGCACCGUUCUCUUACCAUGGUCAUGGUGGAAUGGUCAAGGUUGCGCGAAAGAAGACCCGGCUGAACGACUGCCAACGCGUACGGAAGAUGAAUAUGGUCAGGAAGUUGACGGGGAAGGAAGGGAAAAUAGACGCAUACAAGCAGAUGGUACUUGCGCUGUCGGAGAAGCGCAUCCCUCGCCUCAAUCGCCUCCUGCGGACCGCUGUAAAUCGGAGGAUGGGUCUUCAUGCAAUAAUAGGAUUGAUCAAGGCGGCGGCGAAAGGAACGUACCAUCCAAAGGGAUACGACGAGGAGGACGAUCUCCAGGCGCUGCUCAUGCUUCGAUUGGCCGGUGCCAGAGUGGCGAACAUUGCUCACCGUAUUCACGGAUCUCCUGCUGCUUCCACUGUUCGCCGCCGUACAACGGUCUCCCCUCUCAUCGCUUCUCCAUCGACUCCCAGGCUCUCGGAGAUCAAGGCUAAUAUUGAGGCAUCGUUCGCGGGCAUUGAGGAGGUGCUUGCGUUCGCGGCCAAGGAUGCUCCAAUUCAUGCUGUUCUGAUGUUCGACGAGUUGGCAACGGAGAAGAGGCUGAGGAUUGAUGACCGGACGAAUAUGUUUGUCGGCCUCGAUAGGAAGACAGCACCGAAGACAAGCUUGGUGUUCAACACUGAGAACGAUCUGAACACGAUCGUUGAUGAUCUCGAGCGUGAGGAAGUCCGGCUAGCCAGUGAGGCCACCGUUGGUGCUAUUGGUCUGCUGCACAAAGACGCCCGUUUAUACACUGCACGUCCAAUUCUUCUGUCCGGAAACCCAAAAGACGAAAACGCGGCGGAGCAUCUCACAGUCAUUGAGACUACGUUAAAGGCGGCAGAAAGCAAGCAAGAUCUUAUCCACUCGCGCGUUGUUUGCGCGAGCUCAGACGGCGAGAAACGUCGACACGCAUCCUUGGUAGCGCUAACAUUCAAGGUCCUGCUGUCGGUCAUGUCCGUCAUAUUCCAGUAUCUCGGGUGCUUGGCCUUGAUGUGUCUCUGGGUUGGUGAUGACGACCUGACCGCCGACAAGGACUAUAAACAUGUCUUCAAGCGGCUUCGGAACGCCCUUCUACGCUCAAAGGGAAUCUUCGUUCGGGGCAUUCACCUUACUCCUGCGGUCAUUCAGGCUCAUCUUCGAGAUGCUGGCCACAGUAGUCGCCACAUCCAGUCUAUGUUUAAGCCCGAAGACAAGCAGGAUGUUUUGUUAGCCUACAAUCUUCUUCGAGAUCUUUGGUCUUUACCCCCGGCAUCAUCACCCGAAUCAUCUCGCCCAGGUUACACGGAGACCAGGGACGCCAUAAGAAUAUACGGCGACCUCUGUUAUCAUCUCGUCAUUCCAUACAUCUGUGUCGAACUCUCCCUCGCCGAGCAACUCGAGCACCUAAGCAGUGCUGCUCACCUCGCCCUCGCCCUUUAUGAACCAGGUGACAAACUCAUGCCAACAACACUAUACAUUGACAUCAUGAUUAUGAUCAAGAACGUCUUGUUUUGUGUUGCAAAGGCGAAGGCGGAUCACCCCGAUGACCCUUUCUACAUCGUGCUCCUCGGAACCGACCGUCUCGAGACCCUUUUCGGCAUUCUUCGUACCAUGGUCGGCAAUGACACAAACUUAGACCUCCUCCAACUCUCGCUCCGUGUUACUGGAACCACCGAAAUCGCAAACAUCCUCGCCCUCCAUCCAGAAUGGGACAAGGCACCUCGACGGCUUCACCUCCCUCUUCUGACCCGCGAUAUGGAGUCCAUACCAGACGCCGCUGAUCACGCCAAUCCUGGACUAUGGACCGGAGAUGUUAUUCCAGCGAUCAUCUCCCUCAUCACUUGCUGGAAACGGGGUCGGCGAGCAAUAGAGGAUAAAUAUCACUGGACAUCUGAGAUAUUACAGCGUAUAGAGGCUAUACCCGAUGCCUCGAUCCUUGCCCCCCGAGGGACCCUUCUCGUCAACCUUCCACUCGCACCCGACGAUGACGAGGCCGACGAGGGCGACGGGAUAGUGCCCACAGAGCCUAUGCAGCCAGCAGAUUCGGAGGACGCUACAGACGGGCUACGAGAGCUUGAAGACGCCGCAGCUGAAGUGGUUCUCGACGAAGCGACUCACACACAAUCGCAAUCUCCGAAGUUCAUCAUGAUUGAUGGUACUUUGGUCAGUAAGGCACGAGCUCUCUCCCUCCGCUUCAAGUACAAGAAGACAUCGGCAUCUACUGAUCGCCUGCGCCGUGUUGCAAACGAGAGUAAGUAUAAGCCAUUCAUAGACAACGAUGAUAGCGCAGCGGAUGACGACAGCCCAAGGCUCAUGGUCAACGAUCCCAUUUCGACCCUCCUUCAAUGUGAAGGUAAGAUCUGGCUGUGCCUUGGCGAAGUCAAGGGGAUCCUCGUACAUUCUAAGCCCGUGGACAGCGUGCCGAUCUCUCUCCUCCCUGAGAAGGCGGUCAUCAUCUCCUACCAGAUUAUUCGGCUCACCCGUACCACCGUCGAUGACGAUCCAACCAGCGACAACGACUGGCGUUCAUCGUUAUUCCUCCCUCCUACGUUCAAGGUCCCAGGCAUGCUCGUACAGCCCAUCAAUCCCACAAUCUCCACUCGUACACCCGGAAAACCCUGCUUCUUGUUCGAGAGUGCCACACUCAUUGCCCUCGCCGCAAGCCUACACGAUAGGUUCACUCAGAUCCAGCUACGGGCCAUUCCUCACAUUGCACGAACACCUGAAUACCCUUAUCGUGAGCGAACAGGUGCAGCCUGCUUCGUAGUAGAAGGUGAUGGCGACGAAGGGGAGGUACUCCCGAACACAUGUCCAAAGUGCGGGAUCGAAGUGAACACUUCGAUUCCUCACCCUGUCCUCGCACACUACGGAAUGCACCACCGGCACGACCCUACCAUCGACAAGAAGCAGGAGCAUUGUGGCACCUGCUUACGGCCGUCGCUACCCGGUGUUUGCGAGUACUAUCUCAGGAAAGGGAAGGGCGCUGAGGCCGGCUUCAUGAUCGACUAUACGAGGACGACGUGCGUGAAUAAAUUCACGUUCAACUACAAGACAGCCUCGCAGUCGCUCUCCUCAUCACCAUGUUCGAACAUCCCCCUCGAAUGUCCGAUCUGCGGUCCUGGGACUCCCGCUGUGUGGCGCUAUAGCAUGGAGGCGCAUUUUAAACGUCACCACCCGUCAAGUGCAUCCUUACCCGUCUAUAUGACUAUGUGGACACUCUCGAACUUCGAAAAGUACGAGAUCGAGGUACUCUGGGAUACUCGAAAUGAGAAACGUACGAGGAAGAAGCGCAAAGGGAAGGGUAAAGCGGUACCCCUGGUGAUAUCUGAAGCGCACAGCUCACGCUUAGCCUUUCGAAAUGUGGCUGACGAAGAGGAGGAGGAAGACGAUGAGGGAGGCGGAGUCGAGGACGGUGAGGGUGACGAGGAGGAGAUGAGAGGCGAGGACAUAGGAUUUGCACGCGUCACCAGAGGAACAGGAGGUGAUGUUGGUAUGGAUCUGCUUGAGGGCAUGAAUGUGGUGCGAAGAGAGACGGAGAUUGCGGAUGAGACUCGUGAACUGGGCUCAAAACAAGUGGAUGGGACGCACCUUGAAGCGAUUCGCACCGAGGAUCACCCUUCCUCGCACCCACACCCAAUAUCGCCUUCACUUGAUCCGACAACGUCUGUGGGCGUCUCACAUCCUCAACCUUGCGAAAACUCGGCACACGAUGUAUCACUUCAAGAUCAUGCGCCGCCAGAAGAUGAUUCUACGACGGAAGUGUUGGUGAUUCAGUCGACUAGAGGCACUAGGAAAAAGAGAACGAUAGCGCACCUGGCCGACUGUUUGUGCGGCACACGAGUGAGCACAGAGGAGAUCGUGGACGGCGGAGGUAUAGUUCGAUGCAAGAAGUCUGGAUGCGAGACAGAAUGGUACCACCUUGCUUGUGUCGGUGGCCUUGAGCUGGCACCAAGAAGUUGGAUGUGCGAGACGUGCACGGAAUCGUCGGAGGGGUCACGGAAGAAGAGGCGCAAAAACUGA